AUGUCUCUGAAGGACGUGAGCAAGAAGGCCGCCGAGCUGGAGUCGAAGCUGAGCGGCAAGCUGUUCCUGGGCGGCGCGAAGCCGACGGCGGAGGAUGUGAAGGCGUUCAACGACCUGCUCGGCGCGAACCACGUGAACCUGUACCGAUGGGCGAAGAACAUGGCGACGUACGCCGAGGGCGAGCGCAAGGCGUGGGGCGCGCCGGUGCGCGUCGCUGCGCCGGAGCUGCGCAUGCCCGCGCCAGCGGCGAAGGCGGCGGGGUCGGAUGCUGCUGCGGAGAAGAGGGCUGCGCCGAAGGCUGCCGCUGUGGCGCCGCCGCCUGCCGCUGCCGCGGAGGAGGAGGACGACAUCGACCUGUUCGGCGAGACGACGGAGGAGGAGAAGGCAGCGCUGGAGGCGAAGAAGGCGAAGGACGCGGAGAAGAAGAAGGCGAAGAAGGAGGUGAUUGCGAAGUCGUCGAUCCUGUUCGAUAUCAAGGCGUGGGACGACACGAUCGACCUGGAGGCGCUCGCGCAGAAGCUGCACGCGAUCCAGCGCGACGGCCUGAUCUGGGGUGACCACAAGCUGGUGCCCGUUGCGUUUGGCGUGAAGAAGCUGCAGCAGCUGAUCGUCAUUGAGGACGACAAGGUGUCCGGCGACGACCUGGAGGAGAUGAUCAUGGGCUUCGAGGAGGAGGUGCAGUCGAUGGAUAUCGUCGCCUGGAACAAGAUCUGA